GCUGAAAAGUUGAAAUUUCAGUCAAGAAAUGUUGGUCGUGCUGAUGAUAGCAGAGACGAUGGCUACAAAGUGAAAAGUGCAAACAAAUUGAAAAUGCCUUUAAGUGGCACUGGCUAAUUAUAUAUUAAUAGAUAUAUAAGUGUGCAUUUGAAACAAUUCGAAACUUAUUACUAAUUGUUGUCGAAUAGAGUGAUAAGAAUCAGCGAAGUGAUUAGUGUUGUUAAAAAUUUUUAACAAAACUCAAAAUGUUUCGAAUUUCAAACGAGAAUGUGCAAUCUAACCAAACUUACAAAAACAAUUUAUGUAAUUAAUGCAACAGUACAAGUGAAUUUUAAAACUACUAAAAUUAGGCAAAAUUAUCCAAACUAAAUUAAUUAAAAGAGUUCCUCGUAAAUCAACUUUCAUAUGAAAAUGCGUAAAUGUUUUGUGAAAAUCACGAAUGCGUUUCGCCAUAAGCCCACAAUCGAGUCGUCUGAGGGUGAGCACUUAAAUAAUGCCUCAGCAACAGAGGAAAAUGUGCGUCAUAGCGACGCAUAUGCGGACACUGAAAGCGCCCUCAGACGUGGGGCAGGCGAGGGGGACUAUAUAAACAGCGACAAAACCAGCAAAACUCAAGCGACAGCAGUCAAAGCACAGCACGCUGCUAGUAACCUAGCUAAUGAUAAACUUAAGGAGUGCAAUGAUAAGAACCAUGAUAGCAACGAUAAGGCGCUCAACAAAGCUCGCACACCAAAAACCACAACAAACACUUUGAGUACGAUUGCGAUUUCGAAACCGCAACGCGUCGAUAGUAACGUCAAUGAAACGACAAAAGCUGGACGAUUCCGAACGCAACGGGCGGGGGAAGUGGACGAGAAGAAGAUGAAAAAGAAAAAUAAAUCGAAAUAUUUCAUGCGCAGCGCAACUUCGCCAAGUCUGGGGGGGCAAACGACAGACAAGCAGCACACACAACGCAUUGGCAACUCGGACAUGUUGAGUAGUAGCGAUAUGGGUGAUGUUGUUGCCUUGAGAAACAGUUACGACUGUGGUGGCAUUGGUGGGGGUGAGACGACCAGAAACAGUGCACGUAGCAGCAUGAGGAGUAGUGGCCGAAGUAGCGGCAUUUUUCGAUUAUUUUUGGGUAGUAGCAAGAAGAAGAAAAAGGAAAAGAACGACGUUGAAAGUGAAAAGGAAACAAAACAAGUAGAUGCGAAUAAGUAUGAGUGGAAGGAGACGAAAAAUACGAAUGAAGUAAAAGCGCCGCUGGCGGUUAUGGAGACACAGCAGCUGGGGUUCGAUGAAGAUGAGCUAAAAGCUUUCCACACAGUCAACAAAAACAUAAAGAAAACAACUGAAAAUGUUGUAAAAAUGGCCAGCAAGGAAGUGGAAAACUCCCAAGCGCCGCUGUUAGACAAGCCGGAAGGUGGAAAUGCGUGUAAUAAAAAUGACUCCCGCGAUAAAACAACAGUCACUGAAGCCACCGUUGCCGACGAUAAUGACACACAUCGUUAUUUGUCAAACAGAGCAGAUGGGACGGUGUUCAGUGUGGACGCCGAGGGCACUGGAAGCACUAAAAAGCCUACAAAAACUGCAGCGCACGAUGAACGCAGCUAUAUUUCGGAAUACAAGUCCUUUGUUGAAGAUGAAAAGCCAAAUUUAAUUGGCACACCAUUCCCCGAAACGGAAGCAUUCAAUUUUGAGCAAGUACUUAAUCGCAAAACAAGCGAAAGACAUUCAAGACGCGUACAGACAACCGACUCACAAACGGAUUUAACUACAACAAAGACAACAGCAACUCAAAACAAAAGUGACAUCAACGACUUUGAACUGCUGCUGUCCGCACGCGCAUUAACUCCCAAAACACCCGAGGAAAUCGAAUAUGAUGCACACAUAGCAGCGGAGAGCACAGACAUAAUGACACCACUACCACACAAUAUCACAUUCACAUCGGGCCGAAAGUCUCUGACCACCGCACGGCCGUUGGCAUCAGAUAUUGCCGAGAUGAUACGCAAUUUGGAUGCGAAUACUUUACGUAUUAACAAUAUGACAGUGGAGGAGAAGAUUGAACUGAUGCGCCGUUUCGAACAGCCACAAUAUCAGCAGGAAAAAGAAAAGGAAAAACAGUUUCAAUCAGGUCUACUGCGUCGCUCAUCCUCUGGUUCAAGAACUAUGAACCCAAUGCGUUUGGCUUUGGAAAACCGCAUUGCUAUGCAGGCCAAUGCGGUCAGUGCGUCAGCGCAGCAGUUGCACAUAAGUGGAGCAGGUGUGUACGAAUCGACAUGUGAUUCCGAUGAUGACGAUGUCGAAGUAGUUUUGCGCCGUAAAUUCAUCGACUAUCCUGGUGGGGAAACCGUCACUUUAUCUACCUGCCUCUAUACGCGUCGUCAGCCGGAUUGUCCGAAACUGAAGUUGCUGGUACGUUCGCCACAAAUGGAGAGUGGCGAGGAUGGCAGCGGUGAGCGCUCUCUCAUGGACGUAAAAUUUCCAACCGUAUUACCACCGAAUCCCCAACUCAAGGCUCUAUUGGUUUUCCACAAGUCGGACAAUAUCUGCGAAGUGGUCACGGAGGCAUGUCAUCGGCAACAGCUCGAUGUGACGGUGGCGCGUACAAAAGAGGGCGCUCUCGAGACGCUCUCCAGCACAAGUGAGGAGUUUUAUCAUUUGAUUAUAAUCGAUGCACGCUCCACAAAACAUUUGGAUGCUGAGUAUAUAGCCAGAUCAAUACGUCAUACAAAUGGUCAUCAUUUUACGACAAUAAUUGCUGUGGUUAAAAAGAGUUUCUUUGAAAAGGAUGAGGUACUAAUCGCACUACUAGACGCUGGCGUUAAUAGGUGCGUUCCCGAGACCACAAAUCUUUCGAUGUGCAACAUUGAACUAAAGCAAAUCCUGCAUUCAAUUGUACGACCACACAAUGUCAUGUCAACCCAACAAGCCCUCUACACAGCGCUGCAUCGACUAAAGGAAGUCAUCCUCAUCACAGAUAAUCACCUGCGCAUUCAAUAUGCCAAUCGGGCUGCUGAACGUUUGCUCAAUAUGCGUUUGGAUGAAAUCAUCAGCAAGCCAUUGGCGGAUAUUUUCGUCUCGGAUGUCUCGACAAUUAUGAUGCAUGGCCGCAAGAAUAAGGAGUUCGAUGAGAUAUUGACUGUGCGACGCAAAGGACAAGAGGAUGUAUCAAUGCAUGUGCGAGUCAUACCCGUGGCCUGUAUAGGGCGAACACCCACACACUAUGUCUUUAAUCUCGAUGUACCUGGAUCACAUGGUGACUUCGUCGCCACACUACCCCAAGCCAGAGAAGCGCCACGCGGCUCACAGCACUCUAUACGCCGUGGCAGUGUCGAUGUGCGCUCGGUGGCAUCGGAUGGUCUACGGCGAACAAGUCUUGCUAAGCUGACAUCACUACCGUUGGAGGCACCCAUAACAAAAAUAAUCAAUUUACUCUCCCAAGUACAGGAGAAUUGUUCGCCAGACGAGGCACGGCUCAUAGAUAAGGUGAUGGAGUUCUUGAAACGCGAAGGACUUUAUAGUCCACAAAUGAAGGAAAUACGUACAGAUGAUCCAAUAGCCACCGAUUUAAUUGGUGCGCUUUUGACGGGUCCAAGUCUCUAUUCAUCACGCCGCAGCUCAAAUGACUCCAUCAUACGUGUGAGUGGUCGUCAGUCCACUUGUAUGCCCGCCAAAAUGAAGGCCACACCACAUAUCAUGGAAUUACUGGAAGAAUCUCUAAGUUGGGAAUUUGAUAUUUUCAAACUUGAAGAAAUCACCGAAAAGCGACCCCUACUCUAUUUGGGCAUGGAAAUGUUCCGACGUUUUAAUGUCUUUGCAACGUUGAAUAUUGAUGAGAAUGUCUGCAAGGGUUGGUUGGCCAUAAUCGAAGCGAAUUAUCAUUCGAAUAAUUCAUAUCACAAUAGCACACAUGCUGCCGAUGUCAUGCAGGCCACAGGCUGUUUUCUCACCCAGCUUGCCGCCAAGGAUAUGGGCAUGGAUCAUACAGAUGAGGCCAUAGCAUUGAUUGCCGCCGCCGCACACGAUGUCGAUCAUCCGGGUCGUUCUUCGGCCUUUCUCUGCAACUCGCGCAAUACACUGGCGCUGCUAUAUAAUGAUCUAUGCGUGUUGGAAUCGCAUCAUGCUUCAAUUACCUUUAGGCUUACGUUAAGUGAUGACAAAGUCAACAUCUUUAAGAAUUUAGAUACUGAGAGCUUUAAAUCGGUGCGCAGCGUUGUGAUCGAUAUGAUUUUGGCGACUGAGAUGACGCGGCAUUUUGAACAUUUGGCCAAAUUUGUUAGCAUUUUCGGCUCGGAUGAAGAGCCCAAAGAUAUUGUACAAUCGGAGGAGGAGAGUUCCAUUCUUAUACGCCGCAUGAUGAUCAAAGUGGCUGAUGUGAGUAAUCCAUCACGUCAACCAUCCUACUGCAUUGAAUGGGCUCGUCGCAUUGCUGAGGAAUAUUUCACCCAAACGGAUGAGGAGAAAUCGAAGGCUCUGCCGAUUGUUAUGCCAAUGUUUGAUAGGAAUACGUGCAGCAUACCGAAGAGUCAGAUCGGUUUCAUUGAGUACAUUAUACAGGACAUGAUGCAUGCGUGGGAUAGUUUCAUCGACAUGCCACAAUUGGUCACCUACAUGCAAAUCAACUAUUCACAAUGGAAGAAAUUCGAAGAGCAAGGUGUGCACACACUAGCCGACGUGAAGAGCAAACAGCAUAGUUUGAGUGUGAAGAAGAGUGCCAAAUAGCAUUUGGCAUUCAAGAGGUUGUUCUCCGGGCUACUAAAGCCACAGCCGGUCCAGCCUCCAUGUGCAGUGACAAUUGGCGAAAAUGAAAUGGAAUAUUGCUUGCAGAAAUAAAGCCAAGGAGAGAGCAGGGACAAACUAAGGGGGAAAGAGAACUUAAUUGGAAAAAUGGGCGUAGAAAAAAAAUGGAAAAAUUAAGAACAAAAAAAGUGCAUGCAAAGCAAAGUUAUAAAGCGGGAAGAGGGACAAAAAAGAAAGCGAAUCCCAAUGUGUUUUUCGUGAAAACUGCUGCAGUUAAAUAAGUUAUUGAGAAUGUACAUUCAAACAUACAUUUUUAUAUAUUUAUUAAUUGGAUUAUUUUUUUUGUGGUUUUUCGAAAGAAUAUAGUUGAUUUAUGCCGAGAAAUUAAAACAAAAAAAAAAAACAUAAAAAAUAAACUGAAAGGCGAGUUUAUAGAAAAAGUUGCCGGGAGUGAAGGCAAAAUGGCGUAAAACUUCUAGAAAAACCUGCGGUUUCAAUACAAAAAAUGCGGUAUAUGCUGGUGGUGGAAUUCACGAGGUGCUUGGUGAUUAUUUCGAAAAAUUUUGAUAUGAAUUUGUUUCGAAUGCGCCAAAGUGCAAAGAAAUCACAUAAAAAAAUUUUUUUAUGCCGUAAUUCGCUUCUGCGGCUACAAAGUGUCAAAUUUUCAGAACUUCUGCAUGCCACCUGCCAUUCUAAAAGGGAAACGAAAAACUUUCAAAUUUGACUGUGCAAACACUUUUUUGCUUGCAAAAUUUCUCAAGCCAAUUUAUGGCCGGAACUAGCUGUACAAGCACACAUACAUACAUAUAAUAUAUACGAAAAAAAA